AUGGAGCUGUCAAACCUGUACGAGGUGGCGCCGCGGCCCCUGAUGAGCAGCCUGACGCACGGGCUUCACCCUCCGCACAGCCACCACACGCAACAGCAGCAGCAGCAGCACCAAAACUCCGAAUUCGGCGGAGACAUUGGCGAUCACGAGACGUCUAUCGAUCUGAGCGCGUACAUAGACCCGUCGGCGUUCAACGACGACUUUUUGGCAGACUUGUUCCACCACAACUCGAGGCAGGACAAGCUGAAAGCGAUGAAUGGGGAGUAUGAGCAGGUCCAGUGUGGUUCAGCUCAGCAGCAGCAGCAGCAACAGCAGCAGCAGCAGCAGAUCUAUAUGUCUGGAUACAUGGACUCCAAGUUAGAGCCGAUCUACGAACCACGAAACAGACCGGUUGCAAUUAAACAAGAGCCGCGGGAUGAGGACGAGCUGAGCCACGCCAUGCAGCCCGCGUACCACCAGCAGUACGCGCAGCAGCAGCCCCAACAGUCGCAGCAAAUGCCUCAUCUCCAGUACCAGAUCGCUCACUGCGCGCAAACCACCAUGCACCUCCAGCCGGGCCACCCCACGCCUCCCCCGACCCCGGUCCCGAGCCCGCUCCACGCUCACCACAUCCACCACCACCAGCAGCACCACCACCACAGCCAGAAGAUGCUGUCCGAGCGCAAGAGCAAGAAGAAUGUGGACAAGAGCAGCCCGGAGUACAGGCUGAGGCGCGAGAGGAACAACGUGGCCGUGCGUAAAAGCAGGGACAAGGCCAAGAUGCGUAAUUUGGAGACGCAGCACAAGGUGGUGGAGCUGUCCACGGACAACGAGCGGCUGCGGAGGAGAGUGGAGCAUCUCACCCGGGAGCUGGACACGCUGAGGGGGAUCUUCAGGCAGCUUCCCGACGGCUCCUACAAACCCAUGGGCAGCUGA